CUUUCCUGCUGCCUCUGCUCCUUCUGAUACCGCUGACCGACCGACCGACUGACUGACUGACUGACUGACUGCUUCCACCUGUCGUCUUCUUUUUUUUCUCUCCCCCUCCCAACCCAACACUCUUCCCAGUUCACAUCCUCAUCGCCAUCGCCCAACCCUCGCACUCACUUUUGGCGCCAGACCGACAGAAACAAGACAGCUACCAAAUCACAUCGCUAUCUGGCACCCCUGUACCGCUCUCUUAUCGAUUGGCCCCCCAAGAGUCGCCAUCCACUGGGUUGCUAUCCUGGGUUGUCUCGCCAAAAACCCCGUUGCCGAGCCGGAUUGAGUUUGAUCUUUAUUUAGACGGAGAAAAAACGCCAGGGGAGCUGAAGUGAGAGUCGGAUAGCUGACAACCUCAUCAACCCACAUCCCCCCUUUUGAUCACCAAGCAGUAGGGAGCACCUACUGGAUCACCAAACGACACCCAACGCUGAACAACGACGCCGACGAAAUCAUGCUUGGCAACCUCGACUUCAACCCGGAACUUGUUCCCCGCGUCAAGCUGGGCCUGCACGUCACGCAGUUCGUCCUCUCCUUCGUCAUCUGGGCCUUGGAGAUUGCGGUUUUCAGAGCCGAUAAUGCCAAAAUCGUGGGCAACAAUGGCUGGACUUUCGGAGUGUGCUUCCUCUCACUUCCCGCAUGGAUUUAUCUGAUCAUGGCGCCGCGGUGGCCGAGAACGAGAAAACUGGCCAACCCGUACGCCAUGGUCAUUGUCGACGGUGUCUUUACUAUUUUCUGGCUCUCGGCCUUCGCCAGCCAGGCGGCCUACAACACGGCCAACCAGUGCGGUGAUGCUUGCAAACUCAGCAAGGCCAUCGUGGGCUUGGGAGUUUUUGUGACCCUCUUCUUUGCCGGCUCUACCUUUGUCAGCCUGUACACCCUCAAGUACUACCAGUUCCACGGAACCCUCCCCGGCUACGACAAGCAGAAGCUCGGCGGCGACAACAUCGACCCCGACAAGGCUGCUUUCUCCAUGGCUCCCCACGACGAGGAGGCUUACGCGCCUGUCCAGAUGGACGAUCACAACGAUGACAACACGACCCUCUACGGCGGCACUAAUGCCCCCGUUGGAGGCUACAACAACUCCAGCUACAACAGCCGCUACGGAGGUGCUUCCGCCUACGGCCCCGAGGACGACGACCCGAACCGCUACGGCUCCCUGCCCUCGCGCCAGAAUGGCGCCAUGUUCGACAGCGAGACCGAGUACCAUUCCCAGCAGCCCAGCGUCACUCCUGCGGCGGUACAGCCCUACACGGCGCCCCAGCCCUACGCAGCCCCUGAGCCGUACGCGGCACCCGCUUACGACGACGACCGGCCGGCGCAGUUUCCCACUGCCAACUACGAUCGCACGAUGCAUUAAAACGAAGUGUUUUUAUUAGCGGGGAACGAAGUGAUGGACUGUGGAAUGGACUGUGGUGGCAGGGCCAUGGCCCGAGCAACCAUGGGGUAUUUUUUGUUUAAAGGGACUAUGUCCAGUGUUCACAUAGAGGGCUUGGAUUCUGUUUCCGGAUCACGGGGUGUUGUUGGCGUCCCAUUUGUACAAGGUAAUCGCAAAGAUACCAGGCAUGAGCUCCAUAGGUAGUAGACAUCGAAUCUUGAUGAUGUGACGUUCAAAAGUCGACUGAAGGGGGAAAGAGGCAUCUUGUUCGGAGCAUGAGCGUGAAACAUGUUUCUUUGUUUGUAUGCAGAAUUGUCUAAAACGCCAUAACUCCUCUCUCGAUAAGGGGACGCGACGGAAUCCUCUAAAGCCAGGCUCUCUUUCCUUUUUCCCCUCUUUACAUGCGACGUGGUCCUCCUAUCCGGGCAGUUCCCUCCCGGAUUUGCUUCU